GAAUGCGGCCAUUGCACGCUGCAUGUGCUUUUGAUGUAUUUCAUGUAUUUCUUCCACUGCACAGCAAUUGUGGAGUACUAUUGAGAAAAAAAUAAUCAGGAUACUGCAAUGAAGCAAGAAACGCAUCGAGCAGGUUCAUUUAAACAGUCUAAUAAACAACACAAGACUGGAAGACAUCGCAGUAAAAGCGCUAUCAUUAACGAGCAUAAAGGUAAACAAAAUGUCAUCAAAAUGUCGAUUAAACAUCUUAAGAGAAGUCUUCAGAGGGAUGCACGUAGAAACCAAUUGUCGCAAAUUAGAAAGAAGAAACGUGAGGAAGUACUAACACAAAAGAGAAAUCUUGGCGGUUUCCUUUCUGCGCCUGUCCUCAUUUGUAUUAUACCUUUACAAAAUGAUAUAAAUAUUCAGAAUAUUGUCUCUAUUAUAACUAGUAUAGAUGAUACUGCUACUGUUACUACCAGUCCUUGUGGGAUUCUACAUAUAAGUAUACCAAGGAUUAAACAGCGGUUUUCCAUCAUUGUACCACCAAUAGGUAAUGUUGUAGCAACAUUAGAUGCAGCCAAAGCUGCUAAUACAAUACUUUUUAUCACUUCCGUCGCAUGUCAGACAAAUAGUGAUACUGAAAAAGAAAUUAUAGAUGAUUGGGGCAAGAACAUAAUUGUGUCUUGCCUUGCUCAAGGUUUACCUACUACCAUAUUUGCAGUACACAAUAUUCAAAGACUUCACAUUAAAAAACGUCAGGAAUAUAAACAAUCUGUUCAACGUGUUAUUUCUAAAUGGCUUCCUGAUGAGAAAGUACUUGAAUUAGACACUGUGGACGAUUGCUUGAAUAUGUUACGUCGUGCUGGAUCACAAAAACAAAGAAAUGUAUUUUACAAAAAUAUAAGGCCGUAUCUUUUAGCUGAAGAAAUUUCCUUUGAAUGUAAUGAAGAUUCACUCGAUUUUGGAACUCUUUCGGUUACUGGUUAUGUGCGAGGAGAAACACCACUGUCUGUUAAUAAUUUAGUUCACAUACCAGGCUUUGGUGACUUUCAAAUGUCGUGCAUCAAAGCACCUGAAGAUCCAUAUGAAAUUACAUACGCUAAUCGCAAGAAACGUUCUCAUGAUGACGAGAUGAAAGCAAAAAAAAACGAAACUGUAAUUUUAUAUACCGCAGAUCUUGAAAGACAGAAAACUCUCGAAAGUGAAUAUAUUCCUGAUCCAAUGGACGCUGAACAAACAUGGCCUACAGAAGAGGAAUUGGCUGAAGCAGCAGCUAAUAGAAAGAAAAAAAUUGUAAAAGUUGUACCGAAAGGAACUUCUGAAUAUCAAGCUGCAUGGAUACCAGACGAAGAUGGAGAAAGUCUCAGUGUAUAUUCAGAGGAAUCAGAAGACAAUAUGUCUGUGGAUGAUGCAAAAUCUGAAACAGACAGCAAUAAAGAUUUGGAAGAUGAUGAAGAAUAUGAAACUAUUACGAUAUCAGAAGCGGCAGUAGAUGAAGCGCAUUACGAUCGAGAUAUCAAUAUGUUUGAAGAGAAACAAGCCAUAGAAAAGUUUAAAGAAGCAAAAUUGGACGCACAAUUUCCGGAUGAAGUGGAUACACCCCAAGAUACAUUAGCUAAAACAAGAUUCCAGAAAUACCGAGGUCUCGAAUCUUUUCGUACUAGUCCAUGGGAUCCAAAGGAAAAUCUUCCCAUCGAUUAUUCUCGAAUAAUUGAAUUUGCAGACUAUGAUCGUAGACGAAAGCGUAUUUAUAAAGAGUGCGAAGAUAUCGAAGAUGCUGUAUUGCCAGGAAGAUAUGUAACACUUGAUAUUAUUCACGUUAGUAGAGAAAUUUUUAAGACAUUUGCUACAGUAACGAAUCAACCAUUAAUAGUGGUUGGUCUGCUUCCAUAUGAACAUAAAAUGUCUUUAUUGAAUGUUGUAUUGAAACAUUCAAAUAAUUAUACGCUACCGAUCAAAUCGAAGGAAAGAUUGGUAUUUCAAUGCGGAUUUAGACGAUUUACAGCAUGUCCAAUAUUCAGUCAACAUACAAAUGGCAAUAAGCAUAAAUAUGAAAGAUACUUUCAUCCAGAUAAUACUGUCGUGGCGAGUAUGUAUGCACCAGUUACUUUUUCACCAUGUCCAGUUCUUUGUUACAUUGAAAAUCAAAGUGGAGAACUUAAAUUAAUCGCAACCGGAAAUGUGUUAUCUUGUAAUCCCAAUAGAAUUGUCUUGAAACGAGUCGUUCUAAGUGGUCACCCUUAUAAAAUAAACAAAAGAUCAGUGGUUGUGCGUUUCAUGUUUUUUAAUCGCGAGGAUAUCGAAUGGUUCAAGCCUGUUCAAUUAAGAACAAAAUACGGACGCAGAGGCCAUAUAAAAGAAUGUCUUGGUACACAUGGACAUAUGAAAUGUAUCUUUAAUGGCCAGCUAAAAUCUCAAGAUACAAUUUUAAUGAAUCUUUACAAACGAGUAUUUCCAAAGUGGACUUACGAACCUUUAUUAUUAACACAAUUGGCUUGCCAUCAACCUGAAGUCAUGCAGACAGAAUAAUCUUUAUUCGUAGAAUUAAGAUAUAUCUAACUAUAUAUA